CUUCCAGUAGUCUGUAAAUUACUGAUACAGCGAUUUAAUUCUAUUUUUAUGGCAAUUCAGUGAAAUUAAGUUAUUAAUUCCAUUAGCAAAAUUAUAGGAAGAUACGCGAGUAUAUUAUUAAAGCAUGUGGUAUUUUAUAUAAAAGCGGAUUUCCGGGGCAAAUGGGUUGCACAUAGUCCUGUUCAUUUCUCAGUUGUGGUCAUGUCAAGUGAAGUUCAUCGAGAGUAUCUCCAAAGAGUUUUAUAUGUCGCUGUGUUGCUAACGCUCCUCCACGUCGGUAAUACCAUGUUUGUGCAGAGAAAAGGUCUGGAAGACGGUCCUGACUACGCAGAGAUCGCUGGUCAUCUCUCAGCCGCAAUUGUGGAGAUAGUGCAGAGCAGCUUCAUCGGGCACCGGAAAGUGAACACGUACAAUCUCUUCUCCUACGUACAGCGUCCGGAAAGACGCUUUCUUUUUGGUGACAUUAUCGAAAAUGUGCUGCGAUCAUCGGGAAAUGGCAACACUGUGCGCAUUGGUUUGGGCGAGCCGGUGCCGGGUGAUCAUGAGCGUCACUACAAUGUACUGCUGGUAGAUUCUGCGGCCUCUCUGAAUUCCCUCUAUGCGGAGUUCGCCAGGUAUCAUCUCUACACGAACGGCUACUUCGUUAUCGUCUUGCACACCUAUGACUCGGCGCAUUACUACGAUGUGCUUUUCGAAAUAUUCGAGCUCAAUUGGUUCCUGGGCAUAAUCGAUGCCAAUGUCUUGGUGUAUGCAUUGUUCAACUUGUCGCUGCUCUACAACAUUCACCCCUUCAAUCAGUUCCAUUGCAAGGGGUUGGCGCCCACCAUAAGCAAUCGGUUUACGAAUUUGCGGUGGUGGCACACCAACUUCUAUCCCGACAAGCUGGCGGACUUGCAUGGCUGUGCGCUGAUUUGCGCCACUUGGGCGGAGAUGCCGUACCGCAGUGUGAAUGAACAGAGCGGCGAAUUGUUGGGCAUUGAAGGAAAGCUGUUGGAGUAUUUGGCCGUGACAAUGAAUUUCACUUUGAAAUUUCGUCUGCUUGACGCCUACGAGAACUCGCAUAUACUGGAUAGGAGAGGUGUGGUUUUUAAAGAGCUUAUUGCGAACGGUACGGAUUUUGUAGUUGGAGGUUUUCCAUAUAAGACGCCCGUCAAAGAGGACGUUUUCACGCCUACCUUUCCUUAUUUCCUAAGCAGUUUCAACUUUAUUGUCAACUCCAACCUGGAACCGUACUCACCGUUUACGAAGUUAUUUCUGCCCUUCAAUAGCCACAUUUGGAGUCUACUACUGUUCAUCUACCUCGGCGUAUUUGCACUUCGACUGAUUGUCUCUUUGAUGGGCGUAAGACCAAGUAACUUCAUAUUUGGCGCCACGAAUCAUAUGCCGGGUCUAAAUAUGCUUAACGUUUGCUUGGGCGGUGCGUUGCCUUCAAAUCAACUGCCGCAGCGCAAUUUCGCACGUUACUUUCUAAUGCUUUGGCUAAUAAUGACGAUGUUGCUGCGCAGCUCUUAUCAGGCUUUCUUGUACAACCUGAUUAAGUCCAAUAUUGGACGCCCGCCGCCGAAAACGAUUGCGGAGUUGUUGCGUCAAGACUAUCAACUGCUCAUGACCGCUGAUGUUUUGGCCACUGUCUACGACCUACCAGUGAUUUCUGCGAACGCGCAAAUCUUGAAUAUAUCACGUUUCGAGAGUUUCGAAUUGGUACGUCGCCCAGAUCGGCGUAUCGCCAUAUUGACGCCAUACGAAUUUGUUGGCUACUUCAAGCGUUACAAUGCCUCCUUCACCAAGGGCGUUCAUGUGGUUGAAGAACGUGUGUUUACACAACAGCUAAGUUUCUACAUGGCGAGCAACUCCAUGCUCUUGCAACGCUUCAAUCGCAUCAUUUUGCGUUACAUCACUGUGGGUUUGUGGGAGAAAUGGGUAAGAGAACUGCUGGAUAUGAGUCCCCGAUCGGACGGUGGAUUCGAGGAGCCCAUAGCGCAGGUCACUAUGCAACAAAUGUAUGGCGCUUGGUAUGUUUGGUUUAUCGGAAAUGUGUUGAGUACUGUGGUUUUAAUCAUUGAAAGGCUUUGGAGGUGGGAGUAAGGUAUUCGAGUUUGUAAUUGAAUGAGAGAAUUUCGAAUAAAAUUUUGUUGACAAUUCAAAAUGGUGUAUAUUCUGAUAUUUGGCUCACAAUUUUAAGUGGUUGAUUCAAGUAUUAUCUUUCCCUACCUUAUGAUACAUAUCACUUAUUCUUCUUUAUCGGCGCAGACACCGCUUACGCAGAUAUCACCGAUUUAACAACGGCACGCCAUUCAUUCUUCCUUAUCGCUGUUUGGCGCCAAUUGGUCAAGUGCAGCCAAGCCCUUCUCCUCUUCCUCGGCUUCCACCAAUGCCAUCUCAUCGGAUGUUGACAUCGUCCACGCUUCAGCACCACCAAGGCUGUUGUCUCCUUUUCAUUGGGGAGGUUUUUUAUGUGGUGGGUCCCAAACCCUACUCACAACCGUAAUCAUCACCUUCUCACUUUAGCUCGCUUCAAACGGAUGUCUGUUGGCUACCCGGAGGAUACUUGGUCUAAGACCGGAAGUCGUGAGCUGCUUGAGUCACAUGUAAAGGAAUCGCUCCUGGCCUCACUACCAGACAACUAAUAAAUCCGUGUAGUAAGCUCAAUAUGAUCCUCUCCGGCUGAAUUUACAAAAAUGGCAAACAAAAACUGUUAUCGAUUA